CAAGGGUUUUGGCAUGAUCAAAGUAUCCACAAUGCUCGAUUUAAACAAAUGAUAAUACUCUUUUUGGGUGACGAGAAAACCAGUCGUUUGGUUGAUAAUAAACGAUAACACUCAAUCUCUAACACCUAUCACAAUUUUUAAAUAUAAGUGUGUAUUUAUAAAUAUCUCGAGUUCGAAGUGGCGCGCAACUCGAAGCUUAUUUUUGGGUAGGUGUGAUGAGGAGGUGAGCAUAUGGAUAGGCAUGAAAGCAAUGGGGAUUCUGAGUAGCCUCCAGCUCACAGUGAGCCAGCAAUCCUACAUGAGUCAGCAGUUUGCUUACGUGGCAGGACUGUGUUUAACCUGGAGAGAUAGGUAUGGCUGGGUGCACCUUUGGCCUAGACUCCAAACCUUAGCAAUAAAGGAAUUAUACUGUUCAAUGGUUGGGUGAGCAGUGCGGGUGGUGGCCAGUUGUGCAGUGGAGAAGAGAUUAAUAAGGUGGUCAGAAAUUUUGAGUGACGUGUCAAAACAAGAGCAUGCCACGACUCAUCUACCAAACUUCAUUUAUCAUCCAACUCCUCCUUAGCUGGCAAAUAUGUAUGUAUUAUCCUAUCCACCAUUUUAUGUAUUAUUUAAUGAAUAAAUUAACACGUCAAGGAUGGGAGAUGGAGCGUGGCGUAAAAUCUUUGCAUGGCUUGCAUGCAAACUCGUGCCGGGGCAGUCUUGGUACCAGCACGAGUAUAAAUUGUAAGCAGGCCAGGGAAGUGAAAAUUAAACCCAGAUAGAUAGAGUUCCAAGAAUAUAAGCAGAAAGAAACAUAUAUAGGAAAACAAUAAUAAUGUCUCCACGCUUGCUGCUCCUGCUAUCUUUCUUCCUCUUCUGCUGCCUUUCUCAGCAGGUUUUGUCGGAUGUUGAACUUGAAGACCACCAAACUCAUCAGGUGGUGAAAGGUCCCAACAGAAGGCUCUUGCCUUUCGUAGACUGUGGGGGAUUGUGCAAGAACAGGUGCAGUGUGCAUUCAAGGCCAAAUGUAUGCACCAGAGCGUGUGGAACUUGCUGUGUGAGAUGCAAAUGUGUUCCACCUGGCACUUCUGGCAACAGAGAAGCCUGUGGCAAAUGCUACACUGACAUGACCACCCAUGGCAACAGGCUCAAAUGCCCUUGAAUUUUACUCCACCUCCCAACUUUGCCCCUGUCCUACAACCAACCCCCUACCCUUUGUUAUUAGGACUCCACUACUGUCCCUUAAAUAAAGCAAAUUACUUUCGUCUAAGUA